UCUGCAUGAGUGCCCCAUUGGGGGGUCUGUCCCCUCACGCACAGCGCUUGGCCAGAUUAGGCCCCACAAAGAAGCCCAUCGUUAAGUUGUCAUCUUGAGUUCUUUAAAAAACAAAUCAAACCCAAGUUUUAACUGAAACUUCUUGGCAGUUCUUCCUGGACAGCAGUUUUCCAUUUUGUAACUUGUCUUGUAGGGGAACUGGGAGGAUGCUAAUUGCAUUGUCCUAAGAAUAGGAGUCCCUUUUUUCUUUUUCUUUUUUUGUGUGGCUAUAGACACCAAAUGAAGCUUGCUGCAUUCGGGGAGAUUUUCCAUUGCUCAGUCUGUUUGAAUAUUUUUACCUCCAGGGUUUCUAAAGCGACACUCUUGAGCAGUUCUUUCUUCAAGUGCUUCCCUUCUAGCAGAUCAGGUUUUGCUGUCUGGCAUUUAGGCAGGCAGUUAUUUCCUUGAGCCAUAAUAAUAUUCAAAGGGGAUCCCAGCAGCAGCUGUGCAGCACCGCCUUGCCAGGAAUCAUUAAAACAAAACCUUUCUGCACAAAAGAGGGGUGUAAUUAAAUAGAUGGGCUCACACCCACCCCACCCACACCCUUGUGUGCUAACUGCAAGCUAGCGGCAGCGUAGACACUAAAGCACUCAGGUGCACAAAGCCCUGUCUUUGCCUUGUUCCCAUUUGAUUCCCUUUCUGAUCCCUCUGGAGAGGGAAAUUCCUCUACCAAGAUUCCUACCACCCCCAGCUGAAAACAAACAAAAAGAAACAAUCUCAAGAGGGCUGGGCAAAAGAUACAAAGCUCUCCAAGGCGGUGGGACUCCUCCUCUUGACAACUGACUUCUCCUUUAAAUGUCUGCAAAGGCAGGCUCCAGCUAGAGUUGCUUUUGUGGCUGCUGGGGGAAAGUCUCCUUCGGGCUAGGGCACUGGCCUCUCCGAGGCUCACCGGCCACAUGUGCCAGCUGACACAGGCAGUUCCUACGCUUCCUCUUUUCUGAGCCUCCCACCUCUGUGCUGAUUUUUGUGCUUCCUUCUGGAAACCUUUCCUCUACCUAAUGCCAGCUAAGAGGCCAGGCGGAGACAGGGAUCAGCCGGCACGUGUGGCCGGGAGGAGAAGCAAAGCGGAAGGGCAGGCUGCGUGGCCAGUUCUCAGAGGAGCAGUUGAAGCUGUGAGGCUCCUACAGUGAAAGCCUUGGCAGAGUCCUGCUCCUGGAAGUGCUCAGGGGGACGGGGGUGGGGGAAAGGAGGGAGGGUGUUUACAUCCAGGAUGAGGAGGUCUCCAGAAGUGGUUGUCAUGUGAGCUGGCUAUGAGAAAUUGGAGUGGACUCCUGAGCAGACCCCUGCCUGGGGUCUGAAGACAGGAGGGCAGGAGUGUCCUUGUGCAUGGAGCCACUGAAGAAGGCCCCCUGAUGUCUGCUUUGCUGGUGGUCUGGGCUGUGCUCCUGCACUCGGGGUUCACCAGCUACCUGGUCAGCGGAGGGACGUCAUGGCGACAUUGCACAGACUUGCGCCCCCUGGAUAUUCUCUCGGAAGUGGUUCCGACUAGUGGUGUGAGAAGUGGGAUUCGGAUGCUCCAAGUGCAGGGGGCACGUGGGUUUCAGUUCUCUGCAUCAGCACGCCAUGCCCUGAGCUUCCCGGCUUCCCAGAUUUUCCUCUACUGUGACCUCUUCCCAGAGGAAUUCUCCAUCAUCAUCACCCUGAGGGUCCUCAGCGUCCCACCAAAGAAAAACGAGUAUAUCUUCACUGUGAUGAAGGAGGAGAGCAACACGGUGCUUGUUGGGCUCAGGUACUCGCUGAACAAACUCUACUUCUUCUUCUGGAGCAGAGAGUUCUCCAACGGCUGGCAGACCCAGGUCAUCUUCCAGGGCAUCUCCUUAACUGACAACCAGUGGCACACACUUGUCUUGGCCGUGUCUGGGCCAUUCUUCUCCCUAACUGUGGACUGCAGUAUCCCCAUUGACGUGGUGGUGGAUACACCGUUCCCCGCAUCCUUGGCUGUGAAGGGAUCCAGGUUUUAUGUUGGGAGCAGGAGGAGAAGGAAAGGGCUAUUCACGGGCUUGUUAAGACAGCUAGUCCUGUUGCCAGGAUCUGAUGCUACCUCAAGGAUGUGCACUAACAUGAACUUUAAGCUAGCAGUGCUCUCCAUCCCCCCAGUACUGCAGGAUCUCCCAGUGAAGCCAGCGAGCAAUGAGGUGCUGAAAUACCCUGACGAGGCUGACAUGAAAGUGACUCUAGGAUCCCGACCUCCCUGCACGAAGAAUGAAAAGGCCCAGUUCUGGUUUAACGCUUCUCAGAAAGGGCUCUAUCUAUGUGAUGGGAGUGCAUGGAUCGCCAUGCUAGAAGUCAAAGAGAGGCUGGACUAUGUAGAAGAAUAUCAGAACUUGAUGACCAACUCUGAAACCAUGGGCAUCGAGAUCUUCGUCAUUCCAAAGGUGGGGGUUUUUGCGGCCACAGCAAAUCGGUACACUCCGCCUGGGUCAGCUAUCUACAAAUGGACUGAUGGAAAAUUCCUGUCUUACCAAAACAUCCCCACCUACCAAGCUCAAUCCUGGUGCUAUUUCACCAUAGGAAAAAAGAUCUUCCUAGCAGUGGCUAAUUUUGAGCAGAAUGAAAGGGGUCAGGAGUUCUCUGUAAUUUACAAGUGGAGCCACAGAACAGAGAAAUUCUUCCCGUACCAGCGGAUCGCCACGCACAGCGCUAGGGACUGGGAGGCCUUUGACAUUGAGGGAGAGGCCUUCCUCGCGGUUGCCAACCACCGAGAAGGGGAUAAUCACAACAUCAAUAGUGUCAUAUAUCGGUGGAACCCCAGGACUGGGCUUUUCGAGGCCAACCAGACAAUUCCUACCUCUGGAGCCUACGACUGGGAAUUUUUUACCGUUGGACCUUACUCUUUCCUAGUCGUGGCCAACACAUUUAAUGGCACAUCUACAAAGAUCGACUCCCACAUCUACAUCUGGCUUGGUGGCUCCUUUCAGCUCUUCCAGUCAAUCCUGACUUUUGGUGCUGCCGACUGGGAGGCCUUCCCCAUUGGAGACCGAAUCUUCCUCGCGGUGGCUAACAGUCAUAGUUAUGACAGUGCAACGGUAGUACUGAACAACUACUAUGCCAUCAACUCCUCCAUCUAUGAGCUAAACAUCACGGCACAGAUGUUUGUCAAGUUUCAGGAUCUUCUCACCUACAGUGCUCUGGACUGGGAGUUCUUUUCAGUGGGAGAAGAUUAUUUUCUGGUGGUAGCAAACUCCUUUGACGGAUUCACCUUCUCUGUGAACAGUAUUAUAUACAGGUGGCAAGGGUAUGAAGGCUUCGUAGCGGUUCAUCGUCUUCCGACGUUUGGCUGUCGAGACUGGGAAGCGUUUCACACAACAGCGGGCUCCUACCUCAUCUACUCCAGUGCCAGGGAACCACUCUCCAAGGUGCUGAAGCUGAAAACCAUCUGAUCAGAUAUUCAGUGAUGUCUGUUUACUGCCAGGAGCGGGACAAACCCAGGCAAAGAGGUGACUUGUUCGACUCUGCCCAGGCUAGAAUUAUCCCCCUGCAGGAAAUACGCCAACUCAGGAACGCUGGGAAAGUCGGAAGCCUCAGUGCCAAAUCCCUGGGGUUGGUUGAGCUGUGCUCUGUGCAGGACCUGGACAGAUGGGGGAAAGUGGUUCUAUGGCACCUAUCCCAUUCCUUCAUCCAGGAGCUGGCCGGGGCACCAUACGAGCCCAGCUAUGGCUUGAGCUAGAUGGCGGCCGUCAGGCUGGUGCUAUUCUGAGCUCCACGGAUAACAUGCAGCAGGGGAGAUGGUCCGAGGGCACAGUCUAGUCCUACAUUCAAACCCAUCCUAGGCAGCCAUCCUCUAGCUCACUCUGCAGUAGACCCCAGCGGGUGAGAACACCAGCUCUGAGGAGUGUCCAGCCUCCAUUGGAUUGGUCUGAUGAACGAGCCUUGCAUGGUUAUGUCCUCCAAUAACGCUGCCCAUGUCCUCCAAGGUGUAUUGAUUCUUGUUUCCAUGCCCACCUGCCUGUAAUGCUGAGGAGGCGUGCAGUGUCUGUCUAACCUCCUCCCAUUACUGUAGUUGUUUCCAGUUAUUCCCUGUACGUGACGGGUUCAUCUUGCAGAAAUCAAUAGGUAUAUUUUACAACCACGCUGAGUUGAUGGAGAUGUGAUGAUUUAUCACCUAUAAUGAUAGAGGCAGCGGUGACAGUUCCACAGUUACGGCUGCACUGUGAUUUGCACUUAAUGGGAUUUUAGUCAUUAGAGUAGCAGGCCAGAUCCUCAGAUGGUGGAAAUCACCCUCACGCCAUUGGGCCCUCGCCCCCCAAUCUGGCAAAGUCAUUUUCCCAUGGAAGUGUCUGUUUAAUUGUUUUAGUAAGAGAUUCAGUCAGUCACAGAGGGAAUGUUGCAAAAUGCUCCAGUUGCAAUUUUGUCCUGUUUCGCUCAUCCUUCUUUGAGGUCCUCUGCUUAGAAUCAUAGAAGAUUAGGGUUGGAAGAGACCUCAGGAGGUCAUCUAGUCCAACCCCCUGCUCAAAGCAGGACCAAUCCCCAAUUAAAUCAUCCCAGCCAAGGCUUUGUCAAGCUGCGCCUUAAAAACCUCUAAGGAGGGAGAUUCCACCACCUCCCUAGGUAACCCAUUCCAGUGCUUCACCACCCUUCUAGUGAAAUAGUGGCUCCUAAUAUCCAACCUAGACCUCCCCCACUGCAACUUGAGACCAUUGCUCCUUGUUCUGUCAUCUGCCACCACUGAGAACAGCCGAGCUCCAUCCUCUUUGGAACUCCCCUUCAGGUAGUUGAAGGCUGCUAUCAAAUCCCCCCUCACUCUUCUCUUCUGCAGACUAAAUAACCCCAGUUCCCUCAGCCUCUCCUCAUAAGACAUGUGCCCCAGCCCCCUAAUCAUUUUCGUUGCCCUCCGCUGGACUCUCUCCAAUUUGUCCACAUCCCUUCUGUAGUGGGGGGACCAAAACUGGGCACAGUACUCCAGGUGUGGCCUCACCAGUGCCGAAUAGAGGGGAAUAAUCACUUCCCUCAAUCUGCUGCCAACGCUCCUACUAAUACAGCCCAAUAUGCCCUUGGCCUCCUUGCCAACAACUGCUGACUCAUAUCCAGCUUCUCGUAAUCCCCAGGUCCUUUUCUGCAGAACUGCUGCUUAGCCAGUCGGUCCCCAGCCUGUAGUGAUGCAUGGGAUUCUUUCUUCCUAAGUGCAGGACUCUGCACUUGUCCUUGUUGAACCUCAUCAGAUUUCUUUUGGCUCAAUCCUCCAAUUUGUCUAGGUCACGCUGGACGCUAUCCCUACCCUCCAGCAUAUCUACCUCUCCUCCCAGCUUAGUGUCAUCUGCGAAUUUGCUGCGGGUGCAAUUAAUCCCAUCAUCCAGAUCAUUAAUAAAGAUGUUUAACCAAACCGGUCCCAGGACCAACCCCUGGGACACUCCGCUUGGUACCGGCUGCCAACUAGACAUCGAGCUGUUGAUCAUUAUCCAUUGAGCCAGACAAUCUAGCCAGCUUUCUAUCCACCUUAUAGUCCAUUCAUCCAAUCCAUACUUUUUUAACUUGCUGGCAAGCAUACUAUGGGAGACCAUAUCAAAAGGUUUGCUAAAGUCAAGAUAUAUCAUGUCCACUGCUUUCCCCAUAUCCACAGAGCCCGUUAUCUUAUCAUAGAAGGUAAUCAGGUUGGUCAGGCAUGACUUGCCUUUGGUGAAUCCAUGUUGACUGUUCCUGAUCACCUUCCUCUCCUUCAAGUGCUUCAAAAUGGAUUCCUUGAGGUCCUGCUUCAUGAUUUUGCCGGGGACUGAAGUGAGGCUGACAGGUCUGUAGUUCCCCGGGUUCUCUUUCUUACCUUUUUAAAAUAUGGGCACUAUAUUUACCUUUUACCAAUCGUCCGGGACAUCCCGGACUUAACCAACCAGAGGUCUACCAAUCCAUAGGCUCAGAGACAGAGCCCCCUUUGAACGCUGAGCAUGCACAGAGUUAUCGCCAUUAUUAAUCACAGCCCCAGCCUGCCUGCCCUGGCUCCCCGCGUGCACCAACCAGCAGCUCUGGGAGGCUGAGCACUGGGAGAGGGGACAUGCGGGUGGCAGGGGCAUGUGAGGGGAGCAUGGGGAGACAAUUGGGGUGUGAGCUAGAGGGGAAAGAAGCUGCACUCCAAUGAGCCACCCCCGGCCAUUGGCACUAGGUGCUCUGAAACAGCCGGCCCGUUUCCUCCAGGGGGGGCUGCAUGGAACCACUUGGGGAUGAUUUGGGAAGAAGCCCUGUAUGAACAUAAGAUCAAUGUACUCCCCCACAUUGGAGAGUGCUUCUGGGGGAGCCCCAGCAUGCUCCGGGGGGGAUUCCCCUAGAGAGAUGGGAGCACCAGCUACAGAGAUUCUGAUGAAGGAGUCCUGACGAGGGGACAAAUACUGCAGAAAAGAUGGGGCAAGAUUAAAUAAGAAGGGCCCCCCAGACCGCUAGUGCAUGGGCAGAAGGGGCUGUGCUGGCCCCAGGGCCCCUAGUGCAUGGGCAGAAGGAGCUGAGCCAGCUCCUGGGUCUCCAGUGCACAGGCAGAAGGCAACAGACAAAGACUGAGGAAAAACCCAUUUGUGCUUCACAGCCAAACCCAGCCUUCCCCUUAGCUGCCCGCUUUGGAAUCUAAACUGGAGCAUGUAUUUCACACUGUUGGGGCACAGUGGGGAGGUGAACGUGGCUUUCAGCUCAGAGACCCUGCCCCGGCCUCGCUCACAUCACAAGUACAAACACUUCUCCUGUGGCCCCAGCCAGCACCCAGCACCCCCAGACUGCAGGGCUAUUUCAGCUGGCUGAGGCUGGGGGGCUCUUGGCAGGGUUACGUCUGGGCAGCCAGCGCAGCAGCUGCCUGCACGUGGCCCGACAGUCUCACAACUCCUCGUCCUGCCUGCAGCACUCGGCCUUUAGCACGCAGCCGAUCAUGGCUGUGGGAAAUUGCACUGAGCGAAUGAACUUUGACUAGACCAGCUCUCGGCUCCAGACCUCUCCUGUCCCAGCUGCCUGGCCCGCUCCAGAACAGCUGUAAUACCCAUCCCACCCAGAGUGCGGGGUGUGUAAAACAAGUGAUAGGACCACUGCUGCUGGUUGCUCUGCUAGAGCCGGGAAACCACGCCCAUCUUCGCUAGGGCCCCGCUGCCAAAUGUCUACGUUGCCUUCACGCGCUGCCACGUGAUUCCACGCCCACUAAAACAGGUCCCACCCCAAUCCCUUUCCAUUUCCCCUUCAUACGCCCCCAACCCAGCCAGCGGCUGGUUCCCCCCUCUCCUGCCUAGACCUGGGCUACGCUUAGAAAUAAGCCACAGUGCGCAGGGCAGUGAAACGUGGUGUGCGGUAGUUACGGUGACCUAGCCGCUGGUGUAGACGCAGCUCAGUUGACGGAAGGAUUCUUCCAUUGACCUAGUUACCGCGUCCCGGAGAGGUGGAGUAACUGCAUGGCUGGGGAUAGGACAAGUCUAGGGUGCUAUAACAGCACAGCUGCAGCACCAUAGCUGUGCUGAGAGGCUCUAGUGUAGACAUGGCCUUAGACUAUAAUCCUACCCUGUCCUCUUCCCAGGGGUCGGACACCCACUGACAGAGCUGGGAUAUCUCCCCAGUCUGCGCCUUUGAAUUCUUCUCUGCCUAGAAACUCCAGUCUCCUAAGGGUUACCACGUGAGGAGAGGGAUUGCUCCGGUUCAGUUCCUGAGCUGUGUCCCUCCCUCAACUAUGUCCGUAUCGCCUGGGAAAGGGAGGAGAGCAGAGAUGGCCAGGGUGGAGUCCAGGACAUUGGGAGAGGCUGGCUGCCACAGGCUGUGUCACCGAGUGGCUGAGUCAGGCUUUCCUAAGCAGUAAUGUCUGGUUUAGAGCAGUGUUUUCCAGCCAGCUGAAGAGGAGAACAUUUCGAAUGCUCCAGCUGAGAAAGGCCUGUCCUAAAAAACGUGCUGUUCACUGUGCCCAUCGCCCGCUGCUCUCCACAGCACACUCCCCGUGCAUCCUUCCCCCACCUCCAAUUACCAUCCGAGAACAACUCGUGCAGCCAUUUCAACUGGCGCCAAAGCUCAGUGCCCUGGUUAUAUUUCAUCUUCCCUUCCCAACCCUGAUAAAUGGGCAGACUGUAUUUUACAAUCCUGCCACGGGGACGAGACAAUUAAAUUAGCAGAUGCAAAUCGAAUCCAAGGGAACGGUUUGGGUUCGGCUCACCAGAAAAGCCUGACAUUUUUGCCUUGCUCAGACAGUAAAAAAAAGCUCAGACAUGUU